AUGACGAAGCAAAACUUUGUGGGGUUGGUGGUUUCCCAAGGGAAAAUGCACAAGACCGUCAAGGUCCGAGUGCAGACGAAAACAUACGACAAAAAAGUACAUAAAGAAGUCUUUAAGAGGAAAGACUAUUUGGUGCACGACGAAGGAAAUUUAUGUAAAGAAGGAGAUAUUGUUCGUAUUGAGUCGAUACCCAAGAUUUCUUCGCGGAAGUACUUUGCAGUUGCCGAGAUGAAGGUGAAUAAGGGUCAACAAUUUGCCAUGUACGAGUCUUUGGCCAAGAAAAAGGUGGCCGAAGAAGAGAAGGAAAAGUUGCAAAAUUUCCUUUUGAAAAACGAGCAAUCACAAGCGAUUAUCAGCCAAGUCGAGGAUCUCCGUAAACUCGAUCAGAUCCACCAACAGUUCCAGAGCAACCCUGAAGCCGACAAAGACCUUCUUGUCGAAGAAAUCAACAAAAUCAAAGCCAAGUACAACAUCAAAUCGUGGCCCUCCACGGAACCCAUAUUGUCUCUUGAACUCAACCAGGACGAGGCAGACAUGACUGAGAUUGAGAAAAGAGCGAAAAACAUCAAGUCCAUUUUGGAAAAGGUGAUGGGCCCUGAACAUACCGAAUUCAGAGAGAGAGUAUUAGCCGAGAAGGCCAAGGCUCCAAUUGCCAAUCUUAAACCAUUCACUCAAAAAAACAUCUUGCGCAAGUUCAUAUUAGAUCCCCGCAACGAGUGCCCUGUGCCGUAUUAG